AUGCCAUGCCGGACUCAGGGAGAGCUGAGAGCCCGAGAGCAGGAAGAGCAGCUCAGGCAGCAGGUGGAAGAGCCACAGGAGAAUGGCCAGAAUAUCAAGGCAGAGCCACAAGCAGAGCUGCCCGAAGCUCAGAGUGCCAUCACAGAAGUGAAGAAGAGGAACCAGGAAGAGACAAGAAGAAUUCAAAAGGAGAUGAAUCUCCAUCAGCAGAGGGGUGAUCAACAAAACCAGGUGACUGAAAGAGUGGCAGUCACUCCACUUGUGAAAGAUCCUCUCUCUUGUAUUUUACAGAACUUGAAGGAACAGCUGGACACAGACUUUCAGAAAGCUCACGCUAAGAUCAUGGCAAGGGAGAAGAGGCAGGAGGAAGAAAUGAAAAUCAUCAGAGAAAAACUUAAUCCCCUCCCUCAGGCUCUACAAAAGCAAGUGAGUGAAAGAGGGAUAGCCACGGCAGUCACCACACCUUCCUAA